GAUAAUGUUAGGUUGAAAGUGAAAGUGAAAGCGUUUAUGAGCUCAGACUCUAUUUUACAGUCUACACAACAAAAGGACAACGAGACUGACUAGAGAUGAGUGAUCUGGGGGAAGAUGAGGCUCCACCAGAGUCUCCAGGAAAGCAGUACAAGUGUUUAUCUAUGAAGAGUGAUAGGUCCAAAGGAGAGCCUUUAAACUUCAGUAAUGAACCUCUAUCAUCAGACAUAAAAGCGAAGAAGACAAGCGAUGUUCCUGAGGAGGAGCAGCUGUCCUGCUGUGCUUUGUGUCAGGACGUCCUGAAGGAUCCAGUCUUCACCAGCUGUGGACACUGGUUCUGCAAACAGUGUGUCUGUUCAUACUGGGACCCGUGUGCUUCAUCAGGAGACUUCUUCUGUCCCCAGUGUGGAAAAAUCCCCACAACAGAAGCUAAACGGCAGACAGCCAGUGAACGCAAAGUACAAACAGAUGUUGGUCUGCAGGAGGUUUUAGAUGAACAUAAGAUCAGUCUGAGGAGGAGAUGCGAACGUGUGACUGAAGGAAGUGAUGAAACAGGAAGUAGAACCCUCCUCAGCAGGAGCUACACUGAGCUCUUCAUCACAGAGGGGCAGAGUGAAGAGCUUCAAACUCAACAUGAAGUGAUGCAGCUGGAGACAGCUUCCAAGAUGGAGGCUCUUGAUGACACUCCAGUCAGGUGCCACGACAUCUUUAAAGCCUUACCUGACCAACAGGGGCCCAUCAGAGUGGUUCUGACGAACGGCGUUGCUGGCAUUGGAAAAACUUUCACAGUGCAGAAGUUCACUGUGGACUGGGCAGAGGGCUUGGAGAACCAAGAUGUCAGUGUGGUGAUUCUGCUUUCAUUCAGGGAGCUGAACCUGAUCAGAGAUGAGCAGUACAGUCUUCUGGAGCUGCUCCAUGUUUUCCAUCCAACAUUACAGAAGGUCACAGCAGAGAAGCUCGCUGUCUGUAAACUUUUGUUCAUCUUUGACGGCCUGGAUGAAAGCAGACUGAAUUUCACCAACAGGAAGCUCGUGUCUGAUGUCACACAGAAGUCAUCAGUCAGCGAGCUGCUGACAAACCUCAUCGAGGGGAAUCUGCUUCCCUCGGCUCACGUCUGGAUAACUUCCCGACCUGCAGCAGCCAAUCAGAUCCCUCCUACAUGUGUUGACAGGGUAACAGAAGUACGAGGCUUCACUGAUGCCCAGAAGGAGGAGUACUUCAGGAGGAGAUUCAGUGAUGAAGAGCUGUCCAGCAGAAUCAUCUCACACAUGAAGACAUCCAGGAGCCUCCACAUCAUGUGUAGAAUCCCAGUCUUCUGCUGGAUCACUGCUACAGUUCUGGAGCACAUGUUGACUAAAGAGCAGAGAGGAGAGCUGCCCAAGACCCUGACUGACAUGUACUCAUACUUCCUGCUGGUUCAGACAAAAAGGAAGAAGAACAAGUACCACGAGGGACAUAAGACGAAUCCACAGGAGCAGACAGAGGCUGACAAGGAAGUUCUCCUGAAGCUGGGAAAGCUGGCGUUUCAACAUCUGGAGAAAGGAAAUAUCCUGUUCUACCAAGAACACCUGGAGCACUGUGGGUUGGAUGUCACAGAAGCCUCGGUGUACUCUGGAGUUUGUACAGAGAUCUUCAAACGAGAGUGUGAGAUCUUCAAGAAAGCAGCCUACUGCUUUGUUCAUCUGAGCAUUCAAGAGUUCCUGGCUGCAGUCUAUCUGUUCUACUGUUUCACCCACAGAAAGACAGAAGUGCUCCAGGACUUCCUGAAGAGAGAUUGGGAAUACAAAAACAGCUCCCCAUCUAUGGAUGUCUUUCUACAGAGAGUCAUGAAAAAAUCCCUUCAAAGUAAAAAUGGCCACCUGGACAUGUUUGUUCGCUUCCUUCAUGGCCUCUCUCUGGAGUCCAACCAGAGACUCUUAGGAGGUCUGCUGGGUCGGACGGAGAACAGUUCAAAAAAUGUCCAAAUAGUCAUAAACAAUCUGAAUGAGAUGAACAGUGAUGAAAUGUCUCCUGACAGAAGCAUUAACAUCUUUCACUGUUUGAUGGAGAUGAAAAAUCUCUCUGUCCAUCAGGAGAUCCAAGAGUUCCUCAAGUCAAAGAACAGAUCAGAUAAGAAACUCUCUGACAUCCACUGUUCAGCUUUGGCCUACAUGCUGCAGAUGUCAGAGGAGGUUCUGGAUGAGUUGGAUCUGAGGAAAUACAAUGCAUCAGAGAAAGGAAAACGGAGACUGAUCCCAGCUGUGAGGAACUGUAAAAGGGCUGGACUUUGUGGCUGCAGACUCUCAGAGACUCACUGUGAAGUUGUGGCCUCAGCUCUGAAGUCCAGCCCAUCCCAUCUCACACAGCUGGACCUGAGUUACAAUGAACUGCAAGAUUCAGGAGUGAAGCAUCUGUCUGCUGCAUUGGAGAAUCCAAACUGUAGACUGGAGCACCUGAGUUUGAAGGACUGCAGGUUGUCAGAGUUCAGUUGUGCAUCUCUUGGCUCAGCUCUGAAGUUCAACCCAUCACAUCUGAAACAUCUGGAUCUGAGUGACAACAUGCUGCAGGACUCAGGAGUGCAGCAGCUGUGUGGUUUUCUAGAAAGCCCGGAGUGUAGACUGGAGACUCUGAGACUGAUUCGGUGCAAUUUGUCAAGGACCAGCUGUUCUUCCCUGGCUAAAGCUCUGAAUGCAAUCCACUCCUAUCUGAAGCUUCUGGACUUCAGCCACAACAAGGAGUUGGAAGAUUCGGGAGUGAAGCACCUGUGUGGUUUUCUCAAGAGUCCACAGUGCAGACUGGAGACUCUGAGGUUAAGGGCAUCCAGCUUGUCAGAAAUGAGUUGUGAGUUUCUAGUCUCAGCUCUGAAGUCCAACACCUCCCAUCUGAAACAUCUGGACAUGAGUGACAACAAGCUGCAGGAUUCAGGAGUGAAACAGCUUGCUAGCCUUGUGGAGAGUUCACACUGUAGGCUUGAAACUCUGAGAUUAAGGGGCUGUGAAUUGUCGGAAACCAGUUGUUCUUAUCUGGGCUCAGCUUUGAAGUCCAACCCCUCCCAUCUGAGACAUCUGGACCUGGGUCACAACACCCUGGAGGAUUCAGGAGUUAAGCAGCUGUCUAAACUCAUGAAGAGUCCGCAUUGUUUACUGGAGACUCUGAGACUGCAUUGGUGCAGCUCAGCAGAAAUCAACUGUACUUCUCUGAGUUCAGCUCUGAAGUCCAACCCCUCCCAUCUAAGAGAGCUGGACCUGAGAGGAAAUAAGCUGCACAAUUCAGGCGUGCAACAGCUGGUUGAUCUUGUGAAGCAUCCAGACUUUACACUGGAGACUCUGAGAUGGCUGCCAUUUUGGUAAAUGGGGUAAUGCAUGUGCUGAGAGAAGAUGAACUGAGUCCACAGAUCCACAGAGGUCAAAGCAGCAGCAGUUUGUGCAUAGAGUCUCUCACUGUUCCAUGUUACUGGGAUGUGGUGUGUCAAGUAGAGCUCCACCCAUCAGUCACUGAUAUAAGAAUCGGAAGAAGCGCAUAAAACUAUGAGUGCUGCAGUGCGAAAUGCCCAGAGAACAUUUCACCUGUCAGACAAUGUAGAGCCAACCAUGUGAACUCCACCAUGGAAGGAUAAACUGUAAUUAUACCCAUGAUAUCAUUGUAUCAUACAAGAAGCACCCUGUGUGUUUGCCAGGCCAGCAGUGGUUCUUUGCUUUGCUCAUGUAUAAAAAGAUGGACAUGUAUGAUCAUUUAUAAUUUAUUUUUUUUAUUUUGAUUAUAAUACUGUA